UUGAUAUAAAUAUAUGUUUAAAAUGAAAUUAUCCGCUUAAAAUAAACAUUUUUUUAGAUGAAGAAUUCGGUGGUAUAAAAAUCUGAUCAGUCGGAGAUCUGGUACGGAACGGUGAUGUUGAUGCGCCGAUUCGCACUGUUAGUAGUAGUGUUUCGGUAGUUCUUUGUGUAUGGCCCUGUAUAUUGUGUUGUAUCCUCGUUUCAAGUGCGAAUAACCGCCUGUUACGAACGAAGAUGGAACAGUCGACGAUGUCGGAUUAAAAAUUCACUGCCCUGAUUAUUUGCAUUCAUAGAGGAGUAGUUGCAAUACACAUGGAACUUAGGACUAUCAGGUUAUUAUACAGCUAACAGCAAAUAAAAUAGCAAUUUUAGAAACAUGGAGCACAUAAAUUCUACCAGUAUAAGUUCUCAACACGGAGAUUGCGAUGGAAAUCUUCAACCGCCUCAAUCGCGUGGACGGAACAACUCUACGAAAUCGAAACUUCUUCGCAGCCACGCGAUGCGAGAGGAGGCGUCGCCUCCCAGGGAACCAACGCCGACUUCUCUAUCCCCGUCACAUUUAAAAGGUCCCCUUUUAACGCUGCCGUCCUCCAGGGGCCACUCGCCCAUCAAUCCGUGCGUUGUGGUAAGUCCUUCACAUCCGACCACCACCAUCAAAUCCAGCGAUGUAUCUUCGACGACCAUCUGCAUAUCUCCAACUGCCACACUCACACCGCCGCCUACGACAAAAUGUAGUCCAAGAAACUUGUCACCAAUACAACAGGACCAUUACGAUGCCGAAGAAGUCGUAUAUUCCAAAAGUGGUAAUGGUACAGUUAAGGUUAAUGGCAAAAGAGAGAGUUUUCAUCAUCAUGAAAGGGUAGAAAAAAAUUACGGACAUCACGAUAGGUAUCAUGAGAGAGAUAUUGUUGAAGAAGUUGACCAUGAAGACGAUGAAGAAGCAGAAGAAAGAGAAUACGUGAGAAGGAAAAAUGGGAGAUUGAAGAUUGAGUGUGGAUGCGGGGGCGAAGUGCAAUGUUGUAGCAAGUGUUUGAGGAAUUUCAACAACAAUUUAAGUUGUGUGAAUAAUAAUGGUGGCUUCGGUGGAAAUACUCUCUCGGUAACAAGGGCUGGAUCUAGAGGCAGUUUAAGACAUCAAGGGUCAUCACAAGGAAGCUUCGAAUCGAAUUAUACCAGUUCUCCACGACUGAGUAGAGAUAAUAGUGCCGAAAUCUAUACAGAUACUACAGGAGUGAAUCUAGUCAAAUUUAUACAAGAAACUUUAAAUAAAAAUAUGAAAGAUAGACAGCUUUUACUUAAAAUAGAACAAGAACUUUUAACACUUUGUGAAUGUAAUGAAAAAACACAUUUUAAAUUCCCCGCGAUGUCCAGUUACCAAAGAAUGUUAGUACACCGCGUUGCAGCGUAUUUCGGAAUGGACCAUAACAUAGAACCUUCCGGUAAAAGCGUGGUGGUCAAUAAAACUCGUAACACUCGUAUACCGGAAGAUCGUUUCGAAAGUUACAUCCGAGAUGAUAUCGGAUUUACCGAAGAACCGAGACGAUCGAUUUUAAAACGGGACUCAAACAGCAUGGAAGAUUACAGUUUUAAAUCGCCCGAUAGACAAUCUAGUUACGAAAGUAGAAGGAGUAAAAGCAUAGAAGAACGAGAGGAGGAAUACAAAAGAGCGAGGCGACGAAUUUUUAACAAUAAAGAGAUGGGUGAAUACGCUUCAAGUGAAGACAUGGGGUGGCACGAUCAAUCUUGGUCUAGUAUGGAAGGUGAUGCUUCGUCAUUUAGGUUACAACCACCUGAUCAUCAUGCGAGAUGUGGAAAUAGACUUAUUAAGGUUCAUUCUGAAGAAAUGCGUGAUGAAACAUUAAGACCACAUGUGGCUAAAAGCUAUAGUUUUGGUGGUUACGGCGGUGUUCAUUCCAGAUCAGAUCAUCCACAUUCAAAUGGUCCAAGACUUUUAACAAAACAAGAUUCUGCAACUAGUUCAUCAAGACUAAGUCCUUCUAGCUCCGGUUAUAAAACGCAAUCUCAACGGUCCGGUUCGGUUACACCAUCUCCUACUUCAAUAUCAUUUUCUGGUGAUUCUUUAAGACAGGAUUCAAUGGCAAGUGUUGCAACAAAUACAAGUGAGCAAACUUCACCGAAUGGGGAGCAACAAGAAGUUGUUUGGGUACAAUUUAAUGUCAAUAAUGCUCCUAAAGGAAAAGAAAUUAUUGAUCCAAAUACCGGAACGACUGCUCGUAAUCCCGAUGGAUCUAUUUAUAAAUUCGACCCCGAUAAUGUUCCCCCGAAUGUCGUCGUUUUAAGUGAUAAUUCAACGGGUGACGCUGAAAGUGGAACUAAAUCCGUUUCUCCUCCAAAACAAGGCGCCCGACCGAAAGAAUGUAGCACACCGAGACGGAAGCAAAAGAAAAACGGGAGUGGAAAUAGUACCGGAUCUUCGGUGUCUUCACCAAUUACGACGAAUAGUGGGUAUAUUAUGACGGGAACUGAUUUGGGACCGGCUCCUUCUUAUACUUUUCCUGGGCCGCCUUCUACUCAACAACAUCCACCAAUGGUACCUUAUAAUUAUUCGUAUCCAUCAAAUGACUAUAUGGUUUAUAAUCAAUUACCUUAUGAUAACCGGGAACCGGUACCUUCACAAGAAAUUUCUUAUUAUGUCUCUACAGAUCAAAUAAAUAAUGGAUCUAUGAGUUUUGGUUCGAAUCAACCUUGGGUUCAACAUGUUUAUCAACCAGUUCAAACUAGAUAUGGAACUCCUUGCGUAGUUUAUGGAGCUCCACCAAUAGCAAAUUCUGAAGGAAUGUUUCCUCCAAAUCCGGCACCUUUAUAUGUUGCCCAAGGUCCUCCUCCAAUCCCUCCCCAACCCAUGUACCCCCCAAAUAUCGUUUAUGGAAAUACCAUGUAUCCUCCAACGGGUUACUCCCAACCUAUGUAUCCGCAAUGUGCUCCUCCAACACCGUCAAUGCAACAUCAAAUAAGCGGUCCCGUUUAUUGCCAACCGGAUCAGAUGAAUAUGUUGUCGCAAAACUUUAGCCAAUUGAUGGUAACAGCGCCAUCUUCGAAUCCUUUGCCGAGACAUUGUCCUAGGUUUAAUCAGCCACAUAAAAAAACGAAUAACUCGAUUUCUAGCCCUAGCGAUAGCGCUUCCCCAGCUACUGUAGUUUCUUCAACUUACGCCCAAGUUACUGGAAAUGCUGGAUUGAGAACUCCCACAAAUACUCCACCGGUUUUUAACUACUCCGUACCACCACCAAUGAUGAGACCUGUGAGUGGAAAUAUCCGAGCCAGUCCUGCUUCGAAUCAAGUUUCAACAAGAUCUUCAACCCCAGGAGACAUAAAUAGUGAUAGGGGAAGGUAUAAUUUACCUUCAACUCCAGUUUUACCAUUUCCAUCACCUGUUGGAUCGCAUAUGCAACCCUCUCUGGCUGGUGGAAGAGGUCAAAACGUGCGACCACCACGACAACAAAAUUAUCAAGGAGAUUAUACUAUACCAAGAGGUCGUCAUAAUAAUCGUCGUCAAAGAAGGCCGCUUGCGUCUCCCUAACUUGGAUAAACAAUUUAGGACACCGAUUAUUUAAAAUUACAAAGGAAAUAAUAAUUUCUCAAUUAUUUUUUAGAAUAUGUUUUAUUUAUUAUUGAUGGAUCUGUUUAAAUUUAAAAUAAGAUUAUAACGGGUGUUUAAUACUUAAAAGAAAAUAAAUAAAAAUUAAUAAAAACGAAAAAGGAUCGUUACCAAAUAAUCCACAACACUGAUGAAUAUUUUGAAAUGUACUCGUUUUUGUUACAUUUUGUAGUGAUGGAAAAAGUAGUUUAUUUUUUUUGUGUUUCCUUUUUAUGAUUUUUAAGUUUUUUUUAUUAGUCAUUUCUAAAAAUGUGAUUAUUCUACUAAUAAUGUGAAUUAUUUAUAAAAAAAAAAUGAAAAAGUAUUAAAAAAAGAUUUUUUUUUUCAAUUAUUUUUUUUCUUAAUUUGAGAUAUAUGUAUAUGGUAUAUAUAGUCUAUGAAGAUAUAUUUUUUUGUAAAAGAUCGACUGCAGGUACAUACACUGUUAAUUAAUUGCGUUUAUAACUUGUAAGUGAAAGAGGAAAAGAACAUUUCAAAACCUGGUAGAAUUUUUUUGCUCAACAUGAAACCAUAAAAUGAUCUUUUAAUAGAUCUAAAAACAUCUUAAUUAAAAAAAAAUCGCAACACAAAUUCGCACAAAAUUUUUAAUAAAUUAAUAUGACAAUUAACUUAUUAUACAACAAAGUUAUUAAUCGAACAAUACAUGUGUUAAUUUUCCCAAUUAAAAAAAAUCUAAUCAUUCCAAUAACAAUAUUUGAAAAUACAACAAUAAUUUAAUUGUCAUAUUUUUGAGUUGUCAUUGUUGUUGUUAUAAGUGUAAUAGUUUGAAUAUUUGAAUGUUAUAGAUGUUGUUUUCCUAUCAAAGAAAAAAUCGAUCUAAUUUGAACCAUUCUUUGAGAAAUCCUAUGUUUUGUGUACCUUUGAAUAAUAAUUCAUGUUAAAUUAAAAAAAAAAAACAAUUUUAAUGUUAAAAAAAAUUAAGAG